UGCAUCAAAUACAUCAGCUUUGCCUAUUCACAAAAUUGCAGAAGCCUCAAAGAGACCUGAAAAAGUAGUUGGUAUGCAUUACUUUUCUCCCGUUGAUAAAAUGCAGCUGCUUGAAGUUAUAACGACUGAUAAAACUUCAACUGAUACAGCAGCGACUGCUGUACAAGUUGGCUUAGAACAAGGAAAAGUUGUCAUAGUUGUGAAGGAUGGACCUGGUUUUUACACUACAAGAAUUUUAGCUCCAAUGUUAUUUGAAGUUAUUACCAUGAUGCAGGAAAAUAUCAGUCCAAAACAACUUGACAAAAUAACAAAGGAUUUUGGGUUUCCUGUUGGGGCUGCAACAUUAGCUGAUGAAGUUGGAUUGGAUGUUGCAAUACAUAUUUCAAAUUACUUAUCUUCUGUUUUUGGUGAAAGGUUCAGUCAUGGUGUGAAUUUAAAUGUUGUCAAAGAUGUAGUGUCUGCAGGAUUUUUAGGGCGAAAAUCCGGAAAAGGAAUUUAUGUCUAUACUCCUGGCGUGAAAGAGCGAGAAGUGAACCCAGAGGCAGAAGAUAUCAUGAAAAAGUACCAAAUAACAUCACCAAAAGAAUGUACAACAGAAGAACUUCAGAUGAGACUAGUGACUAGAUUUGUGAAUGAAGCUCUCCUUUGUUUGCAGGAAGGAAUUCUUGCAAAUCCUUUGGAGGGUGAUAUUGGAGCAGUAUUUGGCUUAGGAUUUCCACCUUUCCUUGGUGGACCCUUCCGUUACACUGAUUCCUAUGGAGCAGACAAGAUCUUAAAAUGGAUGGAGCAGUUUAGAGAACAUUAUGGUCCUCAAUUCACACCCUGCCAACUUUUAAUCGAUCAUGCUAAAGAUUCAAGCAAAAAGUUCCAUGCUGCUAAAUGAUUUUUGUGGCGUUUAGUAAACUUUAUAAGUCAAUGAAAAGAAGUCAUAUGGUCAGUUUCUUUAAAAUGUGUGCAAUUUGAGCAAUAUUUUUCACAACAUUUGUGUCAAGCGCCAUUUUUAUCAAAUUGUAUACAUGUUGAUAUGUGAAACUGAUAUUAUUCAAUCAAGCUCUAAUUUUAAGAGUUCAAUAUUUUAUAUAGUUUAUUCAACUUUUGUACAGAAAGUUGAAUAUUUCUAGAGUAUAGCCUCUAUAAAAGUUGUCUAAAAUUUUUAUGCAGUUUCAAUCAACUAUUGUGCCUCAAAGUUAAUUUACUGCAGCUUGAUUAUUAACUGUAAAUACAAAUCUGUUUAAUUUUUAUAAGAAUACUAUUUUUGUGUAUUUAUUACAGUGAAAGAUAUUUAUAAAGUAAAUGUG